CAUUGUAGGAAACCGGGCAACCCGAAUUUGGGAUCGAAUUUUCGCGGUUUGAGUCGACUUUCGGGAAUUUACGGCGCGUUCCACGGUGGACGUUAAUUUCGAUUUGCAUAAUUUGCUAGUGAUUGACGUUGUAGUGGUUGUAGUUCAGUGUCUAGGCGUGCAAAAUAUCAGAUUUGGCGGAAUCCACGGCCUACGAAAAUAAGUUUUCCAGAAUGGUUGGGUUUUAGAUGGACCGAAAAUGAGUAAAGCGAGUAGCGGCGGCGGUUCGUGGAGCAGAAAGGGGAAGUCUGCGAGCAAAGAGUUGGCGGGCAUGCGGCGACAACGCAGCUUGGAAUGGAGAAACGAACGUGGAUACAGUUCCAGCGAAGAGGAGAUAACCCCGAGGCCCGUAGACAGCCACGUAUUUGCCUCUUUGCUAGCACAAGCCCAGAAGGAGUUUACAAACGAUAUCGAACGAUCCUAUAGGUCGAACGAUACCGAGGACUCCGUGACAACCGACAACCAGACAACCCCUUUCCCAUCGUCGACCCCUCAGAUGGUGUCUCCGAUACCCCUCCAUCGGCAAGCUUCCCCGUUUCCGCUGGAAAAUACUAAUACCAGACGAAUACACUAUCAGACUCCAGCUCAGGACAGACUGCGGAGCGCUAAUGGAGACUUAAUCUACGGAACGACGAACAAAAAGUCAAUAUCAAACAGCACGCUGGGCAGAUCGGGAAGGCGACACAGGAUUGGGGGCAUGACGUCAAGUAGCAGCGCGACUUCCUGCAGCAGUAACUGCAACGACAAUAUAUUGCAGCCCAAUGGGGAUAUCUCGUAUCACGAGCAGCAACCACGGCUGAGCCUAAACAAUGAUGUAAAUGAAGAAUCACCUCCCGAGCCGGCUCCUCCCGAGGUCCCCCCCAGGGGUCCAUCUUUGCAUCCAGCGACACUGAGGCGCAGAACCGAUUUCGGUCUUCCACCCAGUGAAAACAAUUCUUCAUGCCAGGAGUCCCAGUUCCAUCAAGCAGAGUAUGUGCUCGGCGGGAGCCCGAGGGCGUCUGUGUACCCAGCCCGGUCACCCAUGGCAGCCUCAAAUGCAAAUACGCAACACAGGAUGACCCCCGGGCUGCAGCAGACGCAACUUACACAGAAUCUACCUUCCGGAGCCCCUGGUGGAACCUUGCCAUCUAAUAUGCCACCUCAACAGUCCGCCCCUUUGGUAAUGCCGGUCUUUCCACUCAGGCCUGCACCAGCUGCGUCCUCUUCUCAGUAUUCUCCAUACUCCCCGUCCAGGUUUCAUAUAGAUAAGAGAUGUCAGCACAGGUGCUCGUGGAAGUGCUUAAGUAUCGGUCUUAUUUUUCUAGUGGUGGUCUUGACCGGGAUGCUGACAUAUUUUGCGGCCGUUAGCUCCAUGAAACCAAACAUGGACUCGCCGAAUUGUAUAUUGGUGCAGGAUGUCAAGGACGUUACCCACGAUCAAAUAACUAUGGGUUCGGAAUCAACGCAAACUCCUACGGAGGAAUCAUUGCCAACGAGUACAGCGGAGCAUUCGAGCGCCACAACCCAGCACAGUUCGCUAAUGCAAGCCGCUCAACAACCGCAACGUUCUUAUUGGUCGCCUUUACCGUUGGAGCAAAGAGAACUGGACACCUUACACACGGCUACGAUACCACCUUAUCAGUUUUGGCAUUCGGAAUUCCGUAAUAAGCAACCCGCUUUUAUCCGGUUUAAUUUCACUUUGCCCUGGGGCGCAAACUUCGCCGUAUACGGAAGAAGAAACGUCGCUCCAAGCGUCACACAGUACGAUUUCGCGGAAUUUGUUAAGGGCGGCAGGGUCGAUCAUAGGCUGAAGAAAAGAGCCGCCGCGGAUAACGGUUCGGUAAAUGGGGAGGAUAUCGAAGAGGAGCUACGUCCAUUAGCGCGAUUCAAAUUCUCUUAUAAAGGCCGCAACUCCCACAAAAGUGAUGUCUUGGACAGCAUCUCGAGCUCUUACGAAGGAACAAGAAAAAUCCUGGCCGACUCAGAGCCCAGGGGACCAUUCUACGUACCCCACGAUGUAAAAAUAGAUUAUCGCAAGGAUCCGGGUGCCGAUCUCCCCCAUCCGACCGUUGAUAUAGGAAUUUCCGUCGAGGAGCGGCACGUAAUCGAAAAGAGGGACGUCGAAUACGAGCCGAUGCUGGUAAACGUCAGCCUGCUCCAAUACUUGGACACAGGCCGCUGGUUUCUUUCCGUUUACAACGACGAACUCCAACCGCACAGCGUAUCAUUGGUCAUAAGCGAAGCCGAGGGUGUGAGCACUACAUGCCCGAACGAUUGUUCUGGCAGAGGAUCUUGCUACCUGGGCAAAUGCGAUUGUAUUGACGGCUUUCAGGGGAUAGACUGCUCCAAAAGUGUGUGUCCGGUGCUGUGUUCCGGCCACGGCCAAUAUGGCGGCGGCCUAUGUCACUGUGAGGAGGGCUGGAAAGGGCCGGAGUGCGACAUUCCCGAGGGCGAUUGCCGCAUUGCCGACUGCUCGGGUCACGGGAAAUGCGUCCGCGGCUCUUGUCACUGCAAGCCGGGCUGGAAAGGAGAAGCGUGCGACGAAGUAGAUUGCGAGGAUCCUACGUGCUCGGAGCACGGUGCCUGCGUCAAUGGUCAAUGUUACUGUAAAGCGGGUUGGAAGGGACAAAACUGCAACGUCAUCGACGAACAAGUUCAUAAGUGUUUGCCUACAUGUUCCGAACACGGCGUCUACGAUCUAGAAUCGGCAAAGUGCGUCUGUAACAGGCAUUGGACUGGUUCCGAUUGCUCUCAGCCUCUGUGCAACUUAGACUGUGGUGAUCACGGACAUUGCGAAAUGGGUAAGUGUCGGUGCGACGUAGGUUGGACUGGUCCGCGAUGUGAACAACUGCCCUGCGACACCCGUUGCCAGGAACACGGACAGUGCAGGAAUGGCACCUGCGUUUGCUCGCAAGGCUGGAACGGACGACACUGCACUUUGCCCGGAUGCGAGAACGGAUGUUCGGGUCAUGGACAAUGCACUCUGGAGGAUGGUUUGUACAAGUGCGUCUGCAUCCAGGGCUGGGCAGGGUUUGAUUGCAGCAUUUCGUUGGAGCAGGAAUGUCAAGACGACGUUGACAACGAUCAUGAUGGCAUGACCGAUUGUUCGGACAGCGAAUGUUGCUCUCACCCGAGCUGCCAAGAUCAUAUAAUGUGCAUAUCUAGCAACGACCCUGUCGAGGUUUUGCUACGAAAACAACCGCCUUCAGUCACGGCCUCGUUCUAUCAGCGCGUAAAGUUUCUCAUCGAGGAGAACUCUGUUCAGUCGUACGCUCACAUCGACGAGUACACGGAAAGUCGAGUUGCAGUCAUGAGAGGGCAAGUCGUCACACCUCAGGGACUCGGCAUUGUAGGAAUUCGAGUUUCGGUGGACCGGGAAUCCAAAUUCGGAUUUACGCUCACGAGACAAGGUGGUUGGUUCGACGUCUUAGUAAACGGUGGAGGCGCGGUCACAUUACAAUUUCAGAGGUCACCUUUUAAGCCUAUGACUAUAACGGUUUACGUACCUUGGAAUCAAAUCAUAGUCUUGCCUCCCGUCCACAUGCUACUAUCCGACGACUCGAAUAAUCAAAUUUUGAAAAGCAGGAAUCCUGCGUUAUAUUUUCCCGGAGUUUCGAGGUCGUUCUUCGGUAUCGGCGGCACUUUACCUCACGCUUGUGACGAACACGAUCCCGAAUUACUGAAACCGGUCAUAACCGGAACGUGGAUGCCAGAAGCGGUCGGCGGCCUGAUGAGACGAAGCGUCGUGUUUGCGGAAACUCAGAUCGUGCAGGAAUCGAUUCCUAUACCAGGUUCAGACUUGAAUAUAAUUUAUCAAAGCUCGCAAGCUACGGGUUACUUGAGCACAAUUUUUAUGAAGCUAACUGCAGACGACAUUCCGAAAACUUUAACUCACGUGUAUGCGAGAGUAGAAAUAGAAGGUUCCCUGUACGUCAAGACGUACGAAGCUGAUCCUAAUUUGUACCACACGUUCGCCUGGAACAAGAGAAACGUUUACAAGCAAAAAGUUUACGGGAUCGUUCAAGCUAAAGUCUCGAUUGGUUACCAACACGUCUCGUGCAACGAGCCGGUAUGGGUCACUCAGACGGUCGACAUCAAAGGUUUCGACGUCGACAUUUCCGACAUCGGUGGCUGGGGACUCGACAUACAUCAUCAUUAUAAUUUCCACGAGGGCAUACUUCAAAAGGGCGACGGCUCAACGCUCCACUUUAAGCAAUAUCCUCGCAUGGUUAAGGUCGUUAUGGGCACGGGUCUCCAAAGGAGCGUCGAUUGUCCCGGUCAAUGCGGAGGGCCAGCAAAAGACGCUCGACUUUUGACACCAGGGUCGCUGGCAAACGGUCCCGACGGGAGCGUCUACGUGGGUGACUUUAAUCUUGUUAGGCGAAUUACACCAGAAGAAAACGUAUACACCGUGCUCCAAUUGAGAGCAACUCAGGUGGCGUACCAAUAUUACCUGACCGUAUCCCCAGCCGAUGGUCAUUUGUACGUUUCUGAUCCUGAGAAGCAUCAGAUUUUGAAAGUUCUGUCCCUGGAACCGGUUCAGGAUCCGACGAUAAACAGUGAACCCGUCGUCGGGAACGGAGAACGCUGCAUUCCCGGUGACGACAUGGCGUGCGGGGACGAAGGUCCAGCGAAAUACGCCAGAUUGGCUCAUCCUAAGGGCAUCGCGAUUUCGGUGGACGGCACCAUGUACAUCGCCGACGGCACUAACGUACGAGCCGUCGACCCUAAAGGCAUUAUACACACCCUGAUUGGCAACCACGGUCAUCACAAUCAUUGGACGCCGAUUCCUUGCCGGGGGGCGAUCGCAGCCAGCCAGGCACAAUUGCAGUGGCCAACCGGACUUGCGCUAAGUCCUUUGGAUGGUUCCAUUCAUUUCAUAGAUGACCGCUUGGUGCUACAGCUCACGCCUGACAUGAAAGUGACAGUCGUCGCUGGUUCUCCGCUACACUGUCACCGAACAGAUAACGGAACCAAAGAGGAAGACAAUGUGUUAGGUACAGUUCUUGCCUUGUCGUUCGCACCAAACGGCGACCUUUACAUCGCCGAAUCAGAUACCCACAACACGUAUUAUAUCCGCCUCAUAGAUACAUCCGGGAAAGUCGUCCACUUCGCCGGCAAAUUGCAGGAAAAAGACAAAAAGUGCCAAUGUCCCGUAAACGCAACUACAGCAACUCCCGUUAGGAGCAGUCGCGAUCUACCUGCUACUUGUUUAUGCCCUCCGGGAGACGACACCACCAGCAACGCGGAGACAUUACUGUCUGCGAACGCCCGUUUCCAGACCAUUUCCGCCAUCAGCGUUUCGCCUGGCGGAGUUUUGCACGUCGCCGAUCAAGGUUCGCUUCACAUCCUGGCAUUGGAACAUUAUCUUCCAACUCACGACGAGAACGGCGAAUUUCGAAUUCCUUAUCCGCCUGCAGGAGAAAUCUACGUCUUCAAUCGCUACGGUCAACACGUUGCCACCAAAGACUUGGCGUCUGAUAAAACGCGGUACUCCUUCCUGUACUCAAAGAACACCAGCUUCGGAAAGCUUUCAACGGUUACCGACAGUUCUGGCAACAAAAUCCAAUUCUUAAGGGAUUACAGCAACGCCGUGAGUUCUAUAGAGAACACCCAAGAUCACAAGUCCGAGUUAAAGAUAUCCGGGGUGGGAUAUUUGGUGAAGCUCACUGAGAAAGGAAAGUCGGAAAUUGAGCUGGACUACGACAUGAACACAGGACUGCUAACCAGCAGAUCAGGAGGAGGUGAUACGUUUAUUUACCAGUACAACUGGCUGGGCAGGGCUACCGGUGUGAUACUCCCCAGCGGGGAGACCCUCCAACUAUCUUCUAAGAUGUCGGAGACUGAAGGUCUGGAAAUUGUUAUCAGUCAACCGCCUACCGUGUUGAACGUUAACGGCAAAGCAAACAAGCAAGUUAUUUUGAUCGACGGUACGGAAAUCACCAAAGCGGUAACCCUAACGAACUCGACGGUCGCUCUAAAAUCUGCCUACGACGGUAACUUAAAGAUAUGCGCGAUCGAAAGACACCCGUUGCUAGAAGCUUCGCUUCCGCUCGAAGCGGAACUGUUGCCUAUCUGGUCCGAGCAGACCACGACUUUCGGCGACGCAGUGUCGAACGUAAUGUCCACGUCAUUCAGUCUCGUGGGAGACGUUCGAAACCCGCAGCAAACGCUGUAUCGCGAAAUCUCCGUCAACCGGUCGAAAGUGCUGGGAAUCGAAUUUGAUCAGUUCACCAGCAAAGAGACGUUCUUCGACAUCGAUAAGAUGCCGCUGCUGACGAUAACCUACGAUCCCGCCGGUCUCCCACUGAGCUACACGCCUUACAACGGGGCGGACGUCUUGAACAUAACCUACGAUAACUUCAACCGAAUCGACGGCUGGAAAUGGGGAAACACCGAACUAAAAUACAGUUACGACAGACACGGUUUGCUGUCCGAAAUUACCAGUCCGCAGGACGGGACUCAGAUGUACACGUACGACGACUCCAACAUGCUCACCAAGAUAACAUUAGCCAGCCAGAGAAGUUUCUUGUUGUCCUACGACGACAACGGAGGACUGAGACACGUCACGUUGCCCAGUGGUACCAAACAUUUGUUCGCGCUGCAACCGUCCCUAGGUAUCAUUAGGGCCGUAUAUACCCCGCCCGGCAGCCCGAAGGCUUACCUUCAGCAUUUCUCCAAUUCGGGGAGGGUUUUGCAAACGGUCUUCCCCGGUGAUGGCGUGCGAAUCGUCUAUCGAUACCACGACAGCGGCAAGCUGAGCGAAAUCGUCCACGGCGACGGAAAGACCAUUUUUUACUACUCGGAGUCUUCUGGGCUGCCGAGCCAAGUGAGCCACGCGGAGAAAGAUCUGGAAUACCGAGCCGAUUAUCAGUACGUCGGCGGUCUCCUAAUGGAGGAACGAAUUGAUUUUGGUGCCAAAACGGGAUUAAGCAACGCCAAAUUCACAUACGACUACGACGAUAACUAUAGACUCGUUACCGCGCAGGGGCGUAUCGGCGGACAGAACUUGCCCGUUUAUAAUUUGGCGUAUAAUUUUAAGAGCGGCUCGGUGGAACUGCUCGGACCGUUCAAGAUUAACAAGCCGAGACCGAACGAAACUCACGUUUUCGACGGCACCGCGUUGUUCUCCAGUACGAAAAAUUCCAGGUUCCUGGAGACGAGAGUCGCUCUGACCAUACACGGAAUGGAGGUGUUCCGGAUGGAGUUUGGCCACGACUUACACGGGAGAAUAUCGCAGACGAGGACCUACACAAAAAAUGUCGGAGUCAAUACUUAUACCAACAUAAAAAAUUAUACGUGGGACUGUGACGGGCAGCUGCUGGGGGUCGAGGCCCAAGAACCGUGGGGCUUUAGAUACGACGAUAACGGCAACAUGCUGUCGUUAACCUACAGAGGCAACACUAUUCCCAUGGAAUACAACUCUAUGGAUAGGAUAACCAAGUUUGGCGAGGGCCAAUAUAAGUACGACAGUCGGGGAUUGGUCAUCCAAAAUGCUCGGGAAGAAAAAUUCCACUACAAUGCCAAAGGUCUCUUAGUCAGAGCUACCAAGAGAGGGCGCUUCGAUGUUCGAUAUUUUUACGAUCAUAUGGAUCGAUUGUUGGCGAGGAAAGAUAAUUUCGGGAACGUGACCCAAUUUUUCUACAACAAUGACCACAGACCGAGAGAAGUCAGCCAGAUCUAUUCGCCGCGCGACGGAAAACUCAUGUCUUUGAUAUACGACAACAGAGGUCACCUUAUCUUCGCCCAAGUCUACAGACAUAAGUAUUACGUCGCCACAGAUCAGUGCGGCACUCCGGUCAUGAUUUUUAAUCAGUAUGGAGAAGGAAUUAGAGAAAUUAUGAGGUCACCUUAUGGACACAUUGUAUAUGACUCGAAUCCGUAUUUGUACCUUCCUAUUGACUUCUGUGGAGGAAUAUUAGACCAGGUCACUUCUCUGGUCCACAUGCCAAAUGGAAAAAUAUAUGAUCCACUAAUUGGGCAGUGGAUGUCACCUCUAUGGGAGAAUGUGCUCGAGAGGGUGGCAACGCCCACGCAACUUCAUUUGUAUAGGUUUAAUGGAAACGAUCCCAUCAAUAUGGGUGUCGACAGAGACAGACCGAAAGAUCAUCUCGACUGGAUGGAGAAGAUAGGAGUCAAUCUGAAAAGCUUGGCACCGCAACUGUUCAUGGAAAACCUACCGGGAGGUAAAAUGCCACCAUUACUGACCCAAAAUCCAGACUUCUGGAAUCCGUCCGAGGUGCUUAGCAGCCAGCUGACUCGCCAAGCUGCGAUCACCGAAAUCCAGUCGGGUUUUCUCGCCCACCUGAACUCGAGAAAAAUGCAAAACGCGAAAGAACUGUCUGUAUUCUCGAAAUCGGCCCUCAAAACUGACGUAAUCGAUCUAGUGCCGAAGAAAAUCGGCGCCUCUUCCGAUCCGCCGUUCGGCAGGGGUAUAUUGGUAUCCAAAACUGACUCCGGGGAAGCAAUCGUGUCCAGCGUGCCCGCCGCAAACGCCAUCUAUCGCGACGUUUACACCUCGGUGUUUAACAGGUCAUUCUUGCUUCCGUUUUCGUUUAUCGUCCACGGCAAUCAGCAGGACGCGUUUUAUUUCGUAAAGAAGGAGACGUGGAAAAUAAACGACGACAAGGCCCAACUGAAGAGGCUCCAGGGUCAAGUCAACACCACCUUCCACGAAAAUGUCCGGGAAAACGGCAGCGGGAACAAUUACUUCGACGUGAAGAUUCACCGAGCAAACGUCGUGAUCAAUUUGAGGUACGGUACGAACGUGGAGAAGGAAAAACAAAGGCUGCUUCACCACGCCAAGUUAUCGGCCGUCAGAAAGGCGUGGCACAAGGAGAAGGAGGCAUACAAGAACGGUUUUUCGGGCAGCUUCGAUUGGUCGGCAAGCGAAAUCGACGAACUUACCAAAAACGGUUACGUAUCUAAUUACGAGGGUAAUUACAUACACAACGUGCAGGAGUACCCGGAAUUGGCCGAAGACCCCUACAAUAUUAAAUUUAUCAAGAAGCAGAACGAAUCGUCGAAGAAGCGGAGACGAAAACGUGAAACGGAAGGGUGCCCGGAGAGCUGGUGGUUCCCGUGGAGCGACGCGUGCUAGUGGCACUCUCUACACACCCCUGAGUUAACGUAAGAUUAUUCAAUUAACUAAGUGUGAUGUACCAAAAAUAAAUUUAAAAAGCUUACCGUAAACUGUAAGUCUUUUAUACCAAAAAACCAAAGUCUAUUUGUGUAUGUAAUUUCCAAAGAUGCCAAAAAGUGUAUAUUAUUUAUUUACAAUUUGUUACCUAUAUGUAUGUGAUCCACAGUUUGGUACAUAGUGUACUACCCAAUUUUGUAUAAUGAAACAUUGACUGAUUUAUUGAAGUGUACAAUAUGUAUCAAACUACUUUUGUAAUAUAGUAAAAAGUAUAUUAAUAUUAAAUAGGUACAGCCAGUGUGCUGCCAAGCGGCAUAAUUUCCUUUCGAAUAUUUCUAGAAUUUCACCAUUUUCACCAAUAACGUAAAUUAUCAAAUCUAACAAUUUAUUUGAGAAAUAGCAAUUUAUCAAAACACAAAAUGUCACAGUUGGGAUUUUUGCAUUUAAAAUCACAUUUUUCCAAUUUCAAAGAGGUAAAAAAUAAUUGUUAUUAUCAAAAACUUCAAUGAAAGGGUAAUUAUUUGACCACAAGAAAACUAGCAAACUAAACUAACCAAACAAACUUAACACAUUGUUUAAUCUUUCUUUUGCCAUUGCAUUGAAAGUUUUUAUAUUGAAACCUUGUCUAAUGCUCGUUUUUGAUUCUGUUUGGACUGCUAUUAUAUGGCUAUUCGUUAUUUAUAUCUGAUUAACCUUGUUGCUUCCGUUUGGUUCAUGCAAGCCUCGUUUGUUGGUUUGUACAUUUUCUAUUGGGUUAUUCACGGAAUGAAAUUAAACGUUAAAAUAAGCGUUUUACUUGUUGGUCGUUUUUAUAUACAUAUACAUAUUUGAACAAUCCUGCAUUUCGUUAGUUACACUAAUCUUUUAGCACAAACAAAAAUAUUAAAAAAUCUUUGACAGUGUCAUUAUUUAUAAUUCCUGCUCUAUUUUCGAGAAUCUUUUUAUGUUCGUUAAAGGCUUCUGAAGGUAAAGAAUUAGGCAGUAACUACUGGGUUCUUGUUCAGGAUCGGGGUUACAGAAUUACCACUGUAAAUUUGGCUAGCUUGCCAUCAAUAGUAGAUUUCACUUUCACUAAUUAAUCGAUGUAUGCUUAUUCUUUUGUGUUUACAAGUUAAAAUUUGUGGAACUGCAUUUGAGCUUGGUAUUGGUAAACUUCUUGCUGCAAAUCAUUAAAGCACAGUAAAUUGCCCUGUACACCACCGCAGCUACUUUAUCUAGAUUAUUUCUCGAAGUAUUUGUACAACCGCCGGGAACAAAACACCACUUUUUUAACCCAAAUUUAGGGAUCCCAACGAUGACGUCACAUCGGAUGUGCUUUCUAGUUUCUUCAAUUUCCUUUUUUUUAAUUUGCAAUUAUUUUGGUUAAUAAUUCUUUUAAAUGAAUUGCAUACUCGCUACGAAUUACUAGUACACUGAGUCUAUUAGUUUUUAUAAAAUCUGAAAAAUAAAACAAUUAUACUAAAUACCGUUGUGGUUUUAUUUCAAAUUUGUCGGCACAACUUACCUUUAUUACAAGAGAAAAUGCGUGAUUCUAGAAAUAUUCAAUUAUUUUUGCGAUGUUUCUUACUGCUACGAACGAAAGGCGACUUUUUAGAAUGAAGUAUCACAAAAAAAGUAAAAAUUGUAAAUAUAGUCCAGUUAAAAAACUUUUUAAUAAUUUUAAAAUUAAAGAACGAAUUUAUCUUAGAUAGGAAGAGUAUAAAAUUAUCGAUAGUCGUAAUAAAUAUAUGUUGUAUUGCUUUUAAUUUCGAAAAUGUGGAUUUUAAUAAACAUCAACCGGACUAAUCCACGUUUCAAGUAAACGUAAACGUUAAAACAAAAGUCGGUAUGGGAUCUUUAUCUGCUAUGUACCUUGCAAUUUUGUAACCUCUUUUUAAUGCUUGAUCUUUCGUGUUUUUUAGUAAAUGCUUGUCUAAAUCUGAAGUAAAACAGGUAAUAGUAAAAUAAAAAUACCGCUUUAGAAAAAUAUUAUUAUAUGAAUUGAUAUGUCGCAAAAAAGAUCAAGUACUAAAAUGUUCAUUCGGUUAUUCGAAAAAAAGAGUAUAUAUUUUUCACUCUAACCCCGCCUGCCACAUAGUAUAUUGGAAUUCUGUGUGCUCCUUGUUAUUAUACUGAUUGGAUAUAACAGACUAUGUAUUAAUUUUUAAAUGUUAUAUAUGUUGUCCAUCAGGAUCUGUAUUGCUGCUGGCGAAUUGUUUGUUAAUCGAUUAACUGCUGUUCCUUUUUGAAACCGCCUAUAAUUUCUCAACGUAAGAAAAAAAAUAUUUUCAAUUAUACGCUGAUUAUACGUUAUUUACUUUUCGUUCUUACCUAUUAUGAAUGUUUUUAAAUA